GGCGGCGGCGGCGGCAGCGGCGGCGGUAGCGGCGGCGGCGUCGGUGGCGUCGGUGGCGGCGGCUGGCCAGUGUAAGAUGGCGGCGGCAGCGGUGGCAGCGGACCAGGCGGCCCGGCCCGGAGCAGCCAGAGCAGCCGCUGGCAGGAGGAUGCCCCGAAGCGGGGAGCAGGGCGCCGAGCCUCGCCGGCUCCCGGGCUUGUAACCGCCCCAGCCGGACACCCCUUGACCUGCUCGGUCCGUGUCCCGCUGAGGCCCAGCCUGCCCCCCCUCCCCGGGCCUGUCCCCCAUUUUCCCCUGCGGCCGGCCCUCCUUGUCCCAAGACUGAACCAGUUUGCCCUGUGGGACCCGACUUCCCCCUUCCUCGGCCUGCCCCCGCUUCAGUCCUCCCUGGCCAGCUGCCUUCUCUCCCUGCCGGACACCUCAUUCGGGUGACCUUAAUUCCCUUUCCCUGGGAACUUGGUUCGACCCUCGCCGGUGCCUAUUUCCCUUCGCGCUGUCCUGAAAUGUGCAGGCCCCAGUGCUGCCUCUCGCAGCAGGGCAGGGGUCAGGGCUGCCCCUCGGAAGCAGCCCUGGGGUUCUGGGCGUCAUUUCUUCCCUGCUUCUCGAGUCUCAGGUCCCCCUUCCCCCCCACCCCCAGGAAGGUCCUUUUUGGACCCCGUUAGUCGGAAAGCAUCUGGUGGCUUGAAUUUCUGACUCCCAUGAUGUGUUGCUGGAGUCUCGGUGUAAACAAACUGGCUCUGGCGUUUAUCAGCAUUCUCUAGGUGACUUCCUUGCGAUGAGGCUUCUUGUUAUUUACAGCUUUCUUUGGGUUCCGUGUCUUUUUGUUUUUGUUUUUUUAAUGAAUUUCAUGUUCCAUUAUGGCACUGGUUUCCGACCAGUGAUUGGCCUGAUACCAUUUUUUCCUGCACCCCUGUGUUGCUUUUUAGAUGUUCAGUAGUCACAUUAGAUAAAUAUUUCAUUUUGGACUUUAAAUAGUUCAUUGUGAGCCAGAACAGUAUGCUACAAAAAGGGGUGUUUGUAUGUUCCAAUGUUCCUUAGGUGUGACAUUUUUGCCAUUUAAAUUGUAACUUUUCUCAGUCCUUCAGUGAAUCUACAGAGCUAUUUUCUCAGGAGUCCAGCCAGACCUUACUUCAGCCAUAAAGUGGGAAGAACAUAUAUAAUUUAUGUGAAGUCUGGAAGAACACAUUCAAGACCCCAAACAGCCUGAGAAUAAGGCUGGCUACAACAAAUACAACUCAAGAUGUCAGGUAAAGGGAGCAGCACAGAUGGCAAAACAGACCUUGCGAAUGGAAGCUUGUCCAGCAGUCCAGAGGAAAUGUCUGGGACAGAAGAGGGAAGAGAAACAUCCUCAGGCAUUGAGGUUGAGGCUUCAGACCUAAGCCUGAGCCUAACUGGGGAUGAUGGGGGUGGCCCCAAUCGCACCAGCACAGAAAGCCGAGGCACAGACACAGAGAGCUCAGGUGAAGACAAGGACUCUGAUAGCAUGGAGGAUACUGGCCACUACUCCAUUAAUGAUGAAAACCGGGUCCAUGACCGCUCAGAGGAGGAGGAAGAGGAGGAAGAAGAGGAGGAGGAGGAGGAAGAAGAGCAGCCCCGACGCCGGGUUCAGCGCAAACGGGCCAACCGAGAACAGGACUCGUCAGAUGAUGAGCGGGCCCUUGAGGACUGGGUGGCCUCAGAGACAUCAGCUCUGCCCCGGCCUCGCUGGCAGGCCCUCCCAGCCCUAAGAGAGAGGGAGCUGGGCUCAAGUGCUCGUUUUGUGUAUGAAGCUUGUGGAGCACGAGUCUUUGUGCAACGCUUCCGCCUGCAACAUGGGCUAGAGGGCCACACUGGCUGUGUCAACACCCUGCACUUUAACCAGCGUGGUACUUGGUUGGCCAGUGGCAGUGAUGACCUCAAGGUUGUGGUGUGGGAUUGGGUUCGGAGGCGACCUGUAUUGGACUUUGAGAGUGGCCACAAAAGCAAUGUCUUCCAGGCCAAGUUCCUUCCCAACAGUGGUGACUCAACUCUUGCCAUGUGUGCCCGUGAUGGGCAGGUGCGGGUAGCAGAGCUGUCCGCCACACAGUGCUGCAAGAACACCAAGCGUGUUGCCCAGCACAAGGGAGCCUCCCAUAAGUUGGCCCUGGAGCCAGACUCCCCUUGUACUUUCCUAUCUGCUGGUGAAGAUGCGGUCGUCUUCACCAUUGACCUCCGACAAGAUCGACCAGCAUCGAAACUGGUGGUGACGAAGGAGAAGGAGAAGAAAGUUGGGCUAUACACAAUCUACGUGAACCCCGCCAACACUCACCAAUUUGCAGUGGGUGGGCGAGAUCAAUUUGUGAGGAUUUAUGACCAACGUAAAAUUGAUGAGAAUGAGAAUAAUGGUGUGCUGAAGAAAUUUUGUCCUCAUCACCUGGUAAACAGUGAAUCCAAAGCAAAUAUCACCUGUCUUGUGUACAGCCAUGAUGGCACAGAGCUCCUUGCCAGUUACAAUGAUGAGGACAUUUAUCUCUUCAACUCUUCUCACAGUGAUGGUGCCCAGUACAUCAAGAGAUAUAAGGGGCACCGAAAUAAUGCUACAGUGAAAGGCGUCAAUUUCUAUGGCCCUAAGAGCGAAUUUGUGGUGAGCGGCAGCGACUGUGGGCACAUCUUCCUUUGGGAGAAAUCGUCCUGCCAGAUCAUCCAGUUCAUGGAAGGGGACAAGGGAGGCGUGGUGAACUGUCUAGAGCCCCACCCCCACCUGCCUGUGCUGGCCACUAGUGGUCUAGACCAUGAUGUCAAGAUCUGGGCACCUACUGCUGAGGCUUCCACGGAGCUAACUGGGUUAAAGGAUGUGAUUAAGAAGAACAAACGGGAGCGGGAUGAGGACAGCCUGCACCACACUGACCUGUUUGACAGCCACAUGCUCUGGUUCCUCAUGCACCACUUGAGGCAGAGACGACAUCACCGGCGCUGGCGGGAGCCCGGGGUCGUCGGGGCCACAGAUGGAGACUCAGAUGAGUCCCCCAGCUCCUCAGACACAUCGGACGAGGAGGAGGGCCCAGACCGGGUGCAGUGCAUGCCAUCCUGAGAGCCCUGAACUCCCUCGGGAGGGAUGAGGGGUAGGGAAGGGGAGGCAACUGGGGCCAGCUUGCCAACCUGCUCUGCUUCUCAGGGGGCAUGAGGCUGCCCCUCUCCUGACCCACCCGAGGCCCUCACAUUCAGCAGCAUUGCACUUUGGACUUUUUGCUUUAGAAAAAGAAAGACAUCCAAGGGAGAAGGACUGACCGGAGGAGGGAGACAAAGCAUUAAGAUGCACAAGGGGCAGGUGGGGGGUUGAGCCCAGGAAUAUGGUUUGGUGGAGAGGUGCAUGGGACUCUGCAGAAAUGGCCUCUCCCCAAAUCUUUUUCUUUUUUCAUUUUCUUUUUCUUUUCUUUUUUUUUUUUGAGCCUGUUGUGUUAGUGUGGUUUUUUUGGGGGUGGGGUGGGGUGGCGGCAGUGUUACUUUUCCUCUCCUCUUCCUUGUUUCUUUGGGGGAGAGGGCCAAGGAAUCUUUGGCUGCUCAGCACCAUGAAGCCAGAGUGGGAAUGGAGGGGCCACUUCCUCUUUGGUUUAGGUUUUUUUGAUUUUUUUUCUCUUUUUUUUUUUUAAAGCCUGGGAAAAUUGCAUUUUCUCCUCCUUCCCUCCCUCCUCCCCCCAAUCCCUGCUUGUUCAGGGUAGUUCCACUCCCUGCUAGGACUCCCGCCUCUGAGCCCCAACUAUCCCACUCACCUCUUCCCCUCUUUGUCCUCCUUUACAUAUCACAGUGUUUUGCACUUGAUUUUGCCCCCUUCCUUCUCCUUUCAUUUUCCACCUCACCACCUAAAACAGGGUGGCAAAGAGGUGGGGGAGAAGGAUGAAGAUGGGGGGAGGGGGUGUGGAUAGGAAGGAUGUUUAACUUUUCUGUUACUUUUAAGGAAAUGUAUGUUUGGCGGCGGUGACGUCCCUUUCCCUAUCACUGUUAGAGGCCUAAUUUUAUAUCUAUAAAUAUAUUAAAAAGCAAAUCAAACUUG